AUGAGGUCUGGAAGCAGCCUCGGGUUGGCUCUUUUGUGCUGGGUUUUUGGGGAGGUGGUUGCUUACGACCCCCUGGGUCUCUUUAGAGGGGAGGCAGAGCUAUGGAGGUACGGAGGGGAUCCUUCCCUGGGGCAGCCACGGACCUUCUCCCAGCCCUGGGCGUGGGUGGACGUGUCCCAGCUCCAGGCCAUGGCCCCGCUGCACCCUGUGGCUGUGCAGUGCCAGGAGGCACAGCUGGUGGUCACGGUGCACAGGGACCUCUUUGGCACCGGGCGCCUGGUCAGGGCUGCGGAUCUGAGCCUGGGAUCAGCCUCCUGCCUGCCCGUGGUCUGGAGCACCUCUGAGACCACUGUGACCUUUGUGGCUGGGCUGCACGAGUGUGGCAGCACCCUCAGGGUGACCCCCGAUUCUCUAAUCUACACCACGAGCUUAAAUUACAGCCCAGCUCUUCCCAGCAAUCCUGUUGUCAUCCGCACCAGCCCUGCCGUGGUUCCCAUCGAGUGCCACUACCCCAGGAGGGACAACGUGAGCAGCCAUGGUGUCAAGCCCACGUGGGCACCCUUUCGUUACACCCUGUCCUCUGAGGAGAAGCUGCCUUUCUCCCUGCGCCUCAUGAGUGAUGACUGGAGUGCCGAGAGAGCCUCCACUGUAUUUCAACUGGGAGAGGUCCUCCACUUCCAAGCUGGUGUUGAUGCAGAGAACCACGUGCCUCUGAGGCUCUUUGUGGACAGUUGUGUGGCCACUCUGACCCCGGACAGGACCUCUUCUCCCCAGUAUGCCUUCAUUGAAUUCAGUGGGUGCCUGGUGGAUGGGCAGGUGGACGAUGCCACCUCGACUUUUAUAUCCCCGAGACCCAGGCAAGAUGUGCUUCAGUUUGCAGUAGAUGCAUUCAAGUUUGCAGGAGACUCCAGCAACCUGAUCUAUGUCACCUGCCACUUGAAGGUCUCCCCAGCUGACCAAGCUCCAGACCCUCUGAACAAGGCCUGUUCCUUCAACAAAGCCAGCAACCUCUGGGAUCCUGUGGAAGGCACACGGGAUAUCUGUUCCUGCUGUGAGAUGAGGAGCUGUGGCUUGGCCAGGCACUCCGGGAGGCUCCACGCUCCUUCCCGAUGGUCAGGAGGACGUGUCCGGAGAGAACUGCCCUCCCAGCCUGAUCCCUUGGUGAAAGAAGCAGAUGUUGUGGUUGGACCUCUCUUCAUCCACAGCUGGCAGGAUCACACAGUGAGGAGGGUCCCUUCACAAGCUGCAGGUCACCUGUGGAUGGUCUGGGGGCUGGCUGCAGUUGCUGGGUUGGUCAUCCUGAUCCUGGCUGUCCUGGGAGCUCUGAUUGUCUGCCAGAAACCCAGCAACCCUGUCUGAAAGCUGAAACCAGGGACUUAUACUUUUUUAUUGUAUGACUGUGAGGGACUUGGUGAGGAGAGGGGAGAAGUCUUCUUUGAGAAGAUGGAUUGAAUCUUUGUGCUGACUUUAACUGUGCUGCUUUGCUUUCCCAACACCAGCUUUAUCUCCUUCUCCUCCAGCCCUGCCCUCAGCAGAGCUUUGUGCAGCCUUACCCUCCUCCAUGAACUUCUGCCAGAGCACCUCUUUGGAAACUAAUGUGAAAACUCCCCACCUCUGCUCUGUUUGCUCACCUGUAGAACCAUGGGGUUGGGUUUAGUCUCCAAACACUUUUACUUUUUCAUGGAGCCA